UCGGAAAGGGAUAACGGGAGUGAAAGCGCUCCGAAGCUGGGGUGCUGAGUGCCCAGCCGCGGGGGUCUGUCUGCAUUCCUUCCGCUUGUGUGUUCAGCCUCGCGCGCCCCUCUCUUGGACAGCCCGGUGAGACAGCUGCCGACGGCCAGGGGCUCCCUGAGACAACCGCCGCCCCUGCUAGCCCCUUCACCUGCGGGUGCAGCUCCCCCAACGAGCCCGGUCCUGCCGCCAUGAGCGAGCUCAGUACCAACGAGUCUCCAAAAGCCAACCAGGCAUCCAGUCCAGAAGAAAAGGAGAAAACGGAUGCCAAGAAGGGUGAGGAAGAAGAAAUUGAUAUUGAUCUGACUGCACCCGAGACAGAGAAAGCCGCACUUGCCAUUCAGGGCAAGUUCCGCCGGUUCCAGAAAAGGAAAAAAGAUCCCAGCUCCUGAGCCACCAGCCUGAACCUUUGUCCUAGUUCCCCUUUCCCCUUGCACCCUUUUUCCAUAGACCCUGAUUCUUCUGUAUUCUUCUGUUCCUAUUUUCUCCACCCUGUCCCUGAGGCAGUAUCAACCCUCAGAAUUGCCUCUGCCUCAGCCAUCAGGGUGGCAUAGCUAUAAGGGACUAGGGGAAGUAAAAGAAUCCAGUUAACAGCCACUUAGACCUAAGAGUGAGCCAAUCUCCACCCGGAGAUAGUGAUCCCCCUGCUUGGUGUCUAGGCCUUACAUCAGAGAUUAGGGGUGGCUCUGUUGGGAAACGACAGCCUGGAGGCUGAGUAAUGGACCCACCCCACCUCCCGCCUCCGCAGGGAUUGUCACCGUCAACCCAGCAGAAGAGAUUGACAUUGAUUUGAUGGCACCUGAGACAGAGAGAGAGCUGCAAUUGCCAUCCAGGACAGGUUUCGGAGCUACCAGAAAAAAAAAAAAAAAGAAUUCCUCCUAAGCUGCCAGCCCUGCCUUUGUCUAUUAGCACUUCCUCUACAGACCCUGAGCCCACGCAUCCUGGUUUCUCUCUCCUGCUAACCUAUCUGUGAGGAAUAAUCGUAAACCCUUGUAAGGUCCCCUGUCCCCAUCAUCAUAGUAGCAAAGGUCGAAGGAACCCUAGGAAGCCGGUCUCUUCUGUGUGAAUAGUGCUUCGUGGCAAGGUCUCGUGCCAGGGACCAGCGGCGGCUCACUGGGAGGCAGGGCAGGAGAUGAUAGACCCUUGGGCAGUUGAAGCAGAGCCAGGGCUUCAGAGAAGGGUGUUUGGGGGAGAGGAGGACACUUUUCCUUUCUAUCACAUGCUAAGCUUAGAAUGUAGGUAUCGUGGAUCAUCUUACAGCUCUCUGUGUCCCUAUUCUCAGUUUCCCCUUAUGAGCUGAGCCACAGCAGGGACUGGAGCCUCUCGUUUCCACAUCCCCACUUCAAACUCUAAGAGCUUCUCACAUUAGUGCAUGCCGGGUAGAUUAGAAUUUCAGGGGAGGAACACUGGGAGUAGUAGAGGCAAAGAAUUUUCUCCCAUUUCCCACUACCUCUCCCACCUUUCCAUUCUUCUAAGGCCAGGAAAAUGAGAAGGGAGUUCAAGCAGCUCAAAGUUGAGGUGCAGGCAGGAAAACUGGGACUGGGACGGACUGAGGGUAUAAGGAUGUUGAGAGGCAGGAAUGAAAGAGAAGCAAUGAAGGCUUCCUGAAGCCUGGAGGUAAUGCCCAGGUGAGUGCCCUCCUUGAAAACUACCCCUGGGCUCUGACUAGCCUCCCUGCCGAUAUGCCCUCCCGAUAGCAGUGUCUUCACCUCUCCCCCAAUCUCCACCUGCCCCACUGUGGAGGCAGGGCAGAAAUGAACAGCCCUUCUCCCAAGGUUUUAGCAUGUUCAAUAAAAACCUCAAGUGA